UGGGGACCGUCCAUAAACUUCACAUGUCGCAUGCUUCAAAGAGGGGUCUUAAAGCCCACCCCGUCUCUUGUUCCAUUUUGCUCCCAUUUUAACCCACUCGCUUCUGUGUCACAACUUUACCAACCCUCUCUUUCGAAGGCGCCUAGUAUACUUUUGUGGGCGCUUUCGCCCAGUUAGCACACAUCUGAUCAUCGGGGUUGGGUUUUAGUUUCUUUUUUGCACACUGGCCAGGGCUGAAGAAGCUGGAACUUCCCUUCCCAACAUGCACACGGGAACUGGAGAUUCUGCACAUGCUCAGGGAGGGGAGGGGAACCCGGCUGUUCCCCAGGCGCACGGCUGCCCGGGACUUCCCUGUUGUACACGAGUCACCCACCCACGCUAAGAUGGCUGCGAAAGGCUUGCAUUUUCACCUGAAAAUGGACGAGGCGGUCGAGAGGUGCCGGGCGGACUGCCAGUGGGAGAUGCAGCUGGCGGUGGUGGAGCAGAUGAGGGUGCGGGCGUCCAGCCCCCGGCACAAAGGGGUCAAAGGAGCUGGCGUCGGGUCUCAACAGACCGAAGACUAUGGGAACCUACUAGUUGCAGAGGCAUUGCUGGAACUUUGCUUGAAAGAGAACCUUGCCAAAAUCAAGGAUGCUAUUCCAUUAAUAGAAAAAUCCGAGCCCAAAAUGAGCGAUGCCAAAAAGCAUUUGACGGGCAUUUUAAACCGAGGGAAGUUGCUGCCAAAAGGUAUGACAGAAGCAAUGUUGAUCCUAGCAAAGCUCCAUUAUGUGGAGGGCGCUUACAGGGACACUGUCAGCAUGUAUGCACGAGCUGGUCUUGAUGACAUCGUGGUAGAGAAAAAGCCUCUGUAUAUGCUGCGACUGCUAACGGAAGCUUAUGUAAUCAAAGGCUUGGCACUGGAACGCUCGCCCAAUUCCAUCGCUUCCCGGGCUCGGCUAUCUGAAAGGGAGGAGGAAGUCAUGGCUUACUUUGAAAAGGCAUGUGUGAUGGCUCAAGUGUUUCUACAAGAGCUCGAGAAGAGCUUCAGCAACACGCAUUCAAGAGGCAUAAAAGGCAUCCAUGCGUCAGCUUUGGACUUUGAACUUCCUUAUUUCCUGGAAGCAGCCCUGCAGAGUGCAUACGUGGCUCACUUGAAAAGGGGCAACAUUGUAAAAGGUAUAAGAAACCUCCGAGACUUCUUACGGACCAUGGAAACAAAGGCUACCCAGAGCUUCAGAAUGACAGCUGCCAAACAGUUGGCAGAGCUGCUCCUCCACUCCCUGAGUGAAGAUUGUUACUGGAGCCCUUUAUCCGAUCCUCUUCCUGAGUUCAUGAACAAAGAAGACAAUUCAUACAUUUGUACUACUCUGCGUCGAAGACUUCAGCUGCACACUGGAGAUAAUAUCUACAGCCCUCAUGACAACGUUGAAGAGGCUCUCCUCCUUUUACUUAUUAGUGAAUCCAUGGCAAACCAGGAUGCAGUAAUUAGCCGGGCCCCUGACCAGAAAGAUGACCGAGCCAUCAGUUUCCAAGAUGCAUCGGCCGUUUACGAUCUUCUGAGUAUCACUCUGGGCAGAAGAGGGCAGUAUGUCAUGCUUUCUGAGUGUUUGGAGAGAGCAAUGAAGCUUGCAUUUGGUGAAUUUCACCUUUGGUAUCAGUUGGCGCUUUCCAUGACAGCUUGUGGCAAGUCUGCACACGCCGUCUCGGUGCUGAAAGAAUGUGCAAAGCUGCGUCCUGCAGAUCCCACUGUCCCUCUCCUGGCCACCAAGGUCUGCAUCGGGCCUCUGCACUGGCUGGAGGAAGGUGAGCAUUUUGCGAAGAUGGUGAUUGACCUGGGAGAAGAUGCCGGGGAGUUUCUGGCAAAGGGCUACCUGGCCUUAGGCCUGACGUACAGCCUGCAAGCAACUGAUGCUACCCUGAAAAGCACCCAAGAUGACCUGCACCGGAAAGCACUUCAGGCUCUCGAAAGAGCACAGCAGUUGGCACCUGAAGACCAUCAAAUUAUCCUCUACUUCUCAUUGCAGCUGGCUCUUGUCAGGCAGAUUUGUGAUGCGAUAGAACACCUCCAGGAAGCACUGAAACUGUGCAAGGAUGAUAUGAAUUCUCUUCAUUUGCUGGCCCUCCUUUUUUCUGCCCAAAAGCACCAUCAGCAUGCUUUAGAUGUGAUCAACAUGGCCCUGGCAGAGUAUCCAGACUGCUUUAGUUUACUCUUCACCAAAGUGAAACUGGAAUUGGUGCACAAAGGACCAGAAGAAGCUUUAGUGACCUGUAGGCACAUGCUGCAUCAGUGGCAGACUCUGCAUAAUGUUUCACAGCACAGUGAUUCAGAGAAAGAAAGCAGCCUGACUGAGGCGGUACCAAUCAAGAAGCACAACAGCAUGUAUCUCACUCUCCCCGAUGCCCAUGAUACUGACUCUGGCUCCCAACGAGCUUCUUCCCUUGCAGCUUCACGGCUGGAGCAGGCCAUGUCUGAAGUAACCAUGCACAGUGUUGCCUUGAAGCAAGGGCCUAUGCAGCUGUGGACAACUCUUGAACAGAUUUGGUUGCAGGCUGCUGAACUCUUCAUGGAACAACAGCAUCUCAAAGAAGCGGGCUUCUGUAUCCAGGAGGCAGCCAGUCUCUUUCCCACGUCUCACAGUGUGCUGUACAUGCGGGGGAGGCUUGCAGAGAUGAACAGCAGCUUGGAGGAGGCUAAGCAAUUGUAUGAUGAAGCAUUAACCGUGAAUCCAAACGGAGUGGAAAUCAUGAAUUGCUUGGGACUGGUAUUGAACAGGCUCGGGCGAAGAAGCUUGGCUCAAAAGGUUCUGCAGGAUGCAGUCCAGGUACAGAGCACCAGCCACAAAGCCUGGAACAGCCUUGGAGAAGUACUUCACGCUCUGGGCAAAAACGAAGCCGCUGUUGAGUGCUUCCUGACAGCUCUGGACCUUGAAUCCAGCUGCCCUGUCAUCCCAUUUACGGUUAUUCCCAGGGAACUGUGAUGGUAUAAAUGUAUUCCAUGCACAUGCAUUCUGUGGAGGUAGUUCCAAUAACAUACAGAGGAAAUAAGCAAUCUGUUUACAGUGCAAUAAAUAUAUAGGUGUUGCUCGUUUGUUGCCUAGAAUUCAGAAACUUUUACUCAAUGAAAUGUUUCAGGGAUGUUACAUUUUCCCAGCAUUUAAAUCUCAAGAUAUAUUGUUGCUGGGGAAAUGCAAUUAUUUUUCUGGCUGCUGGGGCUGUUGUGAUUUGCAGCGCUGCCUUGAACCCCUCUUCACCCAAAACAUAAACCACCAGAACUGCAUGAUAGCACAGGAGGUACUCAUAUACUCUCCUGUCCUUGCUGCCUGCCUGGAACUGCAAAAACGGAACACUGGGCAGGAGGAGGAGUGUUUGUCAAGCACCUGGCAGGUCAGAAUACAUGGCUUCUGUGCAUGUUGUUGGCAUCUGCUGGACAGUGUCUGUGAUAUUACUGAUGAGCAACAUGCCACCUCUCCCAAGUCUGCAUCAUGCUGUCAUCUUUACACCACUGCAUAGCCUGCAAAAACAGGACUUGCACGAGCAAUGGAACUGACUAGUCUGAAGACUCCGGGGACAGGGGGAGUGGGAGGACCUUGCCAAUUCACUCUUGGCAUAAAACGUCUGACUUUGCUUUAGCACUUGAGUUGGACUCGCUGCAAAAUACUGUCUCAACAUGAUACUAAGACUGAGACUACAUUCUGAUGUAAAAAAUACACUGCUUCCCAUCUUUCUCACUUUCAUUUUAUGGGCUAAAUUCCUUGUAAACAGAUACAACUCUUGCGGUCAGUGAAGUCCCCACCCAUUAACAAACCCCAUGCAAAAUAGUUUAAAAAGUAGGACCUGUGGCAAAAUGUUGCACUGUGGAGGGCUCCUGUUAGUGGGUCCAAGGUUUCCCGGCUUUUGAGGCAGCUGCAGGAAGGCACAGUGGCCUCUAUGUCAGGUGGCCACCAUGGAGCCCUGCAGAUGUUGUCAGACUACAAUUCCCAUCAGCCCUAACCAUUGGCAGUGCUGGCUGGGGCUAAUGGGAGUUACAGUCCAACAACAUCUGGAAGGCUCAUGUUGGCUAUCCCCUGCUCUAAGCCUGUUAAGAUCACAUGUACCCCAUCCUCCAACACCCAACUGAUUUGGGCAGCAGCUAAAAGAUUUUUUUUUAAUGUAGACACAGUGUUGGGGUACGCAGAGAGGUUUAAACCUUUCUACCCAGACCAGUGCCCAGACGGGGAUGCAGAUUGCCCCCUCCUUGGUCAUCGAUCAGUCAUUUGAUGUGUGGGAAGGGGACCAUAUCCCCUCUCUUCACCUGAUUUAUAUAAAUCAGCUGAGGGAGGAGGUGUAUACCUCUCUGUGUGUGCAUUCACAAGAACAUAGGAAGCUGCCUUAUACUGAAUCAGACUAUUGGUCCAUCUAGUUCAGUGUUGUCUACACUGACUGGCAGCAGCUUUCCAGGGUUUCAGGCAGGGAGUCUCGCCCAGUCCUACCUGGUGAUGCUGGAGAUUGAACCUGGGACCUUCUGCAUGCAAGGCAGAUGCUCUACCACUGAGCUAUGGCCCUUCCCACUCACACAAGAGAAAGUGUGCAUGCAAGACUGUGGGCUGGCAUCCAGUUUUGCCAGAGUCAUCACUGGCUUGCAGUUCCUUGAGAGUUAGCCAAAGGAGAAUGGGACAGCCAAACAAAGGUAGUCACCUGCGCUUUAAAAGGCAGUAGGUUCUUUGUGUUCACAGAAGUAUAGGAUCGAACUGUAGGCAUUUCUGUACACACAACAAGCAGGUGUUAUUGUAGAUCAUUUCAUUCCUAAUAACUGAUGAACAGACCCUUUUGUCCCAAAGACUCUUUAAACGGGGGGGGCUUACACUGACAUACUGCUAAUCUUGCACCAUAGGAUGUUAAAAUAUCAACUUCAUGCAAUGUAUAUGUAGUACAUGGCAUAGAUGGAGAAAAACACAUUGUGUGGUAUUCAACUAAAUAAUUGUGCAACUUCCGCUUGCACAAAGACUUCUGCUUGCACAAUGGGGCUUUCGUGAGCGCCCAUGCCAUCCCCAAAUCUGCUUCAGAGAGUUGGGGGAACUCUCAGAACAGAUUUCACAAGUCCACGGGGAGGGGGGAGGGAGAACGUUCCAUUGCGCAAGGAAAAACCCUAAUGUUGAUGGAACAUUCAUUUUAGUGCUGUUUUGAAUACAGCCCAUUAUUCCAUGCAAAUAGUCCUCUUUCCUCUUCAUGUUGUUCUUCCCAGCUCAGGCAUCAGAGUCAGAUCUUCAGGGAACUUCUGUGCUGGUAUUUCAGUGGCCUUAUCAUUUGCUUUUGAUCAGUCUGUUAUGGCCAUUUCAGUUGGCCCCUCCCACUCAGCUGAGCAAGUACAUCUUUCUAUGAAGGGAGCAUUAAUACAACUAAACAAUGAGAGAGGGUGUGUGCACUUUUGAAGCCCUGUUGCAUUAUUAUUGAAGUUUGUACUUCCUACGAGCAGGGUUUUCUUUAUCUAAUAAAAAAAGGGAUUACCAUGACUACUCCACUUUUCUCAUUCUCAGGGACCAACAUCACCUCACUAGCAUAGACUAGGCCUUCACAGUCCAAACAUUACAAAAUAGGAGCACUCUGGGGUCUGUUUUAUGCCAUGUACAUUAAUCAUGUUGUAAUCAUGAAAAUGAUGAGGUAUCACAGGAUAUGUGGUAAGGCCAUAGCUCAGAGGUGUAGCGCACCUGGUUUUCCUUCACUGUUCAAUCCGUGCCAUCUGCUGCCCUUUCGAAGUGCCUCCAUUCUAUUUUUGCAUCCCAUUCUCUGGAGGCAGAAAUUUGGCGUUUCAGUGAUUUUCAGAGGGUUGGCAAUGGGGGGCUUACCAUGGCAGUGGUUCUCCUGGCAGCCACCACUUCUCCCCACUACACCCUUGUAAAUGAUGCUACAUCACCAUAUACUGCUAUUCCAAAGGGUAUGGGUUGAGGGAUGGAGAGCACCUUGGAAUGGUGCUGUGUGUACCAGGACCUGUGUGAGACUGGGAACUCCUGGACCACUGCUACAGAAAUACUUAAUAAAUCUCACCUUUGUAUCUGAGAGUCUCUAAGAUGUUAAAGUUAUAUUUUUUUGCAUGUGGAGUGAACAAAAGAAGAUUUCUCCCAUUAUGUUCUGUGACUGGGUGGAUUUUAUGAGUUCCAGUUUGGCCUCAGCAUACAUGCUAUGACCUUCCUUUGCCUAACAGCUGUUUUUGGAGCUCUUGUUCUAUUAUUGUUGAUAUUAUUUAUUAAAUGUAUUACUUGUCCUUCUGCAGAAAAAUACUAUACCUUAAGGCAUGAUCCAGCAAAAUCUAGUUGCAUUUAAAUCCAUUCAAAACAAUAAAGCUGUACUAGUUAUAUGUGAUUUAGUCGAGACUCUCUUUUGUUGAAUUGCAUCUCCAGAGACUUACAAAACAUACAAAUUGAUUUGUUCAACAAGAUUAAUUUUGGAGCCUUUGACUGAUGUUCACUAGCCAUGCAGGGGACCAAAAUUCAUUCAGUGUCCAGAACGGCUUCAGAACAUCCCAAACAAAAUGGCCCUUUUCCCCUUCUUGCAUCCACAAUUCUAAAAUGAAGCAUCCUCAAGGAAGCCCCGCACAAUACCUUCCUUUAUUUGCAAACAAGUUUGUGAUGCUGUUGAGAUUUCAUAAUGCCUGUAUUUUGUAUGAAACAUUAUAACAUUGAGUUUCAAAUGGCUCUUACUAGAUGAAUAAACAAAUUCC